CAACCGUCUGAAAGAGUGUAACAACAGUGUUGAGUUGGAGUGGGAAAGAUUUUAUGGUGUUUUAAUGACUUUUGAGUGAAUUAUUUGUAUUUUUAAUAAGACCGCAUGGUAGCGGAGAGUGACUUAAAUUUGCCCGGAAAUCUGACUGAUGUCCUUUUACGGAGAAAAUGUCCGCUUGCGCCAGUGACAGCGUCUCCCGUUUAAACCAGUUUAAAAAUAAAGGCAAGGAUGCAAACGAGCUGAGGAGGAGGAGGAUGGAAGCCAGUGUAGAGCUCCGAAAAGCAAAGAAAGAUGAGCAGAUUUUAAAAAGGAGAAAUGUCAGCUGUUUGCCGGAUUCAGAGGAUCAGGAUCCAAACCACAACUCACAGUCGUUCCAGCACUGGAGUGUUGAGGAGAUUGUAUGGGGCGUAAACAGUCAGUGUCUGGAUCAUCAGUUGCAGGCCACACAGGCAGCGAGGAAGUUGCUGUCCAGAGAAAAACACCCUCCUAUCGACUCAAUCGUGGAAGCAGGUCUGAUCACUACAUUAGUGAGCUUCCUCUCGUUUUCUCACUGUCCUCCCAUCCAGUUUGAGGCUGCCUGGGCUCUCACCAACAUCGCCUCGGGCACCUCAGACCAAACAAGGGCCGUGGUGGAGGGGGGAGCCAUUCCAGCCUUCAUCAGCCUCAUCUCCUCUCCUCAUGCUCACAUCAGCGAGCAAGCUAUCUGGGCCCUCGGCAAUAUCGCUGGUGAUGGCUCGACGUACAGGGACAAAGUCAUCAAACACGGAGCCAUCGAGCCCCUGCUCUCACUGCUGUCUGUUCCCAACCUGUCUAUGUUUACUACGAGCUACCUGAGGAACGUAGCGUGGACUCUGUCUAAUCUAUGCCGGAAUAAAAACCCAGCUCCUCCCGUGACUGCGGUGCAGCAGAUGCUGCCGGCUCUGCUGCGCCUCCUCGAACACAACGACCCCGAGGUGCUGGCCGACACGUGCUGGGCCGUGUCCUACCUCACCGACGGCCCGAACGAGCGCAUCGAGGUGGUGCUGCAGGCUGGCCUCGUGCCCCAACUCGUACAGCUGCUCGCCUGCUCAGACAUCACCAUCAUGACUCCAUCGUUGCGUGCAGUGGGGAACAUCGUGACAGGAACGGACGAGCAGACUCAGAGGGUUCUGAACUCCGGGGCGCUGGCUCUGUUCCCCAAUCUGCUGCGCCACCCAAAGAACAACAUCCAGAAGGAGGCGGCGUGGACGCUGUCCAACAUCACAGCCGGGAAAGACUCACAAAUCCAGGAGGUGGUUGACGCGGGUCUGGUGCCCCUGCUGGUGGAGGUCCUGCAGCAGGGAGACUAUAAGACCCAGAAAGAGGCUGUGUGGGCCAUCACCAACUACACCAGCGGGGGGACGGUGCAGCAGGUCACGUACUUGGUUCAGUCUGGCGUGCUCAGACCUCUCCUGAACCUCCUGUCUGUCAAGGACAGCAAGACUAUCUUAGUCAUCCUGGAUGCCAUCUUGAAUAUUUUCAUGGCUGUAGAUAAGAUGGGCGAGACGGAGAAGCUGUGUCUGAUGAUCGAGGAAUGCGGAGGACUGGACAAGAUCGAGGCACUCCAGACCCAUGAGAACGAAAUGGUCUACAAAGCUGCACUCAAACUCAUAGAGAAAUACUUCUCAGGGGAAGAAGAAGAGGAUGAAUCCAUCGCUCCUGAAGCAACCACUGAUGGCUUUGCCUUCCAGAUUACUGAUAACCAAAGCACUUUUAAUUUCUGAAACACUCCUCCACCACCCACUACUCCAUUCUAAAUUCCUUUUUUAUACAUGUAUACAUAUAAGGAUUUUAUACUGAGUUAUGUAUAUAAAGGCUCUUUUUAGUUUUACACUAAGCCUUGUAAAUAAAUUUUUAACAUCUAAGAUAA